GGAAUGGCUGAGGCAGGCAGGCUGCAAACCUUCCUGCCAAGUUACCGCGGGUCCCUCGCCCUCCGCCGCCCCUCCGCGAUUCGGUGACCUCGCGGGAAGCGGCCCCGGAGGCCCCGCACGGUCCAGUUAGGGCUUUCGGAGACCUAACUGGUCCAGAGGCCACGGUGACGUAGAGGGUCAACCAGCAUCCACCAGGCAGCCCGGGGGCCAGGCCUGGCGCUGGGGUCCCGGAGCGGAGCCUCGCACCCUCUAGGUCUCUCGUCUGGCGCGCCCUGAACUUGUCUCCUGAGAAGAGCUGCCUGGGUUCCCCGGCGCACACUCCUUCUUUAGGUCUCCUCUUCCCAAGGGAAACCUCGCCGGGACUCCAGGUGCUGCCAAUACCCCUCUUGCUGCGGGAGACCGCCUCCCUCGCCUCCUGGUGCCCAGGUGGGGUUUUCCCGAAUCUGGGCGGCAAGAGCCCGCCGCUGCUGCCUUCAUCUGGAAAGCGUUAAGCCUUUUCCCAGAUGGGGAAAAAACGAAAGGGCAGCCAUGCACCCUUACCCCCCUACCCGGGUUCCCGGAGCUCCGAGCAGGGUAGCUUAGCCCGGGCGCGCGCGCUGCCGAGGUCACCCCACCGGGGAGGGUCCCCGCCUCUCCGCCACCUCCAGCCGGCUUAGCGCAGGGCUGCGUAAGCCGCGGGAGCCAUUCUGCCCUUCCCGUUCCCAGCAGCAGGUCGGGUCCGUGCGGGCAGCCGGGCCUGGCUCAAGGGGGACGGAGGAGGGGAGGAGCCGGGGCAGGAGGCGACGGAGGGGGCCCGCCGGCCCCGCCCCUGCCCCGCCCCCCCGCGGCCGUAGCCUGGGCUGCAGCCGGGCGCGCCGGAGCCUGCGAGCGGGCGAGCCAGCAAGCGGCGGCCGCGGCCUCCCCUGCUCGCAGUGACCCCGGCGUCCCGUCCCGCGGGCCCGCCGAUCCCGGGGCUCGCGCCCCUCGGAGCAGGGAUGCAUCAUGGCCACGUUGGCUUGCCGGGUGCAGUUCUUGGACGACACAGACCCCUUCAACAGCACCAACUUCCCCGAGCCCAGCCGGCCGCCGCUGUUCACGUUCCGCGAGGACCUCGCGCUCGGCACCCAGCUGGCGGGGGUCCACCGGCUGCUGCGGGCGCCGCACAAGCUCGACGACUGCACGCUGCAGCUCUCCCACAACGGCACCUACCUGGACUUGGAAGCCACCCUGGCAGAGCAGCGGGACGAGUUAGAAGGCUUCCAGGAUGACGCUGGGCGGGGCAAGAAGCACAGCAUCAUUCUAAGGACACAGCUGUCUGUGAGGGUCCAUGCCUGCAUCGAAAAACUGUACAACUCCAGUGGACGAGAUUUAAGAAGGGCCCUUUUCUCCUUGAAACAGAUAUUCCAGGAUGACAAGGACUUGGUCCAUGAAUUUGUAGUGGCUGAAGGUCUGACCUGUUUGAUCAAGGUGGGAGCGGAGGCAGACCAGAAUUAUCAGAACUACAUCCUGAGGGCUUUGGGCCAGAUUAUGUUGUAUGUGGAUGGGAUGAAUGGAGUAAUAAACCACAAUGAAACCAUUCAGUGGCUGUACACUCUCAUUGGGUCAAAGUUUCGCCUGGUGGUGAAGACAGCCCUGAAGCUGCUGCUCGUCUUUGUGGAGUACUCGGAGUCAAAUGCACCUCUUCUGAUUCAGGCUGUCUCUGCUGUCGACACCAAAAGAGGAGUCAUACCCUGGUCAAAUAUCAUGGAGAUCCUGGAGGAAAAGGAUGGGGUCGACACAGAGCUGCUGGUUUACGCGAUGACUUUAGUGAACAAGACAUUGUCAGGCUUGCCAGACCAAGAUACCUUCUACGACGUCGUGGACUGCUUGGAGGAGCUGGGCAUUGCGGCCGUGUCCCAGCGGCACUUGAACAAGAAAGGGACUGACCUGGACCUAGUGGAGCAAUUCAACAUUUAUGAGGUGGCGCUCAGGCACGAGGAUGGCGACGAGACAGCCGAGCUGCCCCCCAGCAGUCGCCGGGACCGGAGGAGGGCCAGCCUGUGUUCCGGCGGUGGGGGUGAGCACCGGGCCCUGGACCGCAGGCGGAGCCGCAGGCACUCGGUACAGAGCGUCAGGAGCCCUCUGUCUGCUCCCACCAGUCCCAUCUCCCAGUCGGCUCCUGGCUUCAAGCCCAGUCAAGUGCGAGAACUCCGUGAAAAGGAUGAGGAGGAGGAAGAGGAGGAGGAGGAAGAGGAGCAGCCAGUCACAGAGCCCAAUUCAGAGGAAGAGAGAGAGGACGAUGCCCUCUCUCAGGGCAAGGACAGCGAGGCCAGCCCUGCCUCAGAGCAGAACCCCACUGGACAGGAUGCUGCUUCCGAAAGUCCAGCCCUCCCCACUGCAUCCAGCGCCACUUCGCAGGGAAAACAGCUUCCGGCCAGCACAGCAGUGGGGGGCCUCUCGGGCAGCGGGUCCUCUGGGCCUGCCCUGCUGCCACCUCCCACCCCUGCCUCAGCCUCUCGGUCCUCCUCUGCUGCACCUGGCCUCCCAAAAGCAUCACCCACCAUAGAAAAACUGCCCUAUGUGCCUCACAGCCCCUUCCACCUCUUCUCCUAUGACUUUGAGGAUUCGCCCUUAUCCACCAAGGAAAAGGAAGCCGAGGCCCAGAAGGAAAGCAGUUGCUCUGAUUCUCUCCAUUUGAGCACAUAUUCUGCCUCUGAGCCUUACAACUUUCGGUCUUUCUCUUCUAAUAGGUACAGCAACUUUGGAAGCAACUCUUAUCACUCCUCAAGACCUUCGCCUGGGCCCACUGGGCCUACCACUUCCACAUCAUCUCUUUCACCCACACAGGACGCCAGGCUGGAAAGGUCAUCACUGAGUGGUCUUCUCACAUCAUCCUUUAGGCAACACCAAGAGUCACUGGCAGCAGAGAGAGAGAGGCGGCGACAGGAGAGAGAAGAAAGGUUGCAGAGAAUAGAACGGGAAGAAAGGAACAAAUUCAACCGAGAAUAUUUAGACAAAAGAGAGGGACAAAGACAAGCAAGAGAAGAAAGAUACAAAUACUUGGAGCAGUUGGCAGCUGAAGCGCACGAGAAGGAACUGAGAAGCCGGAGCGCAAGCCGGGGCAGAGCUGACCUCUCCUUGGACCUGACCUCACCAGCAGCCCCUGCCUCCCCCGCCCCUCUGAGCCCUAGUCCUUCAUCUCUAGACUCACAAGAGGCUCUCACAGGAGCAUGCUGCUCCCCAGGAACACCUCAGCAUUCCCAAGCGAGCACCAGGGACCCUGAGCCUGAACAGGAGGCAGAACCGGAACCAGAGGCAGAGGUGGGGCAGGUGGUGCAGGAGACCAGCCAGGAAGUAACCCCUGCCUGUGUGGGGCCUGAGAUUGAAGUGGAGCCGGAGCCGGAAGAGCGAUCCUCCCUCAGUGAAAAAGAGAGACGGAAUGAGGAGGUGAACGAGAGGGACAACUGCUCUGCCUCUAGCAUCUCAUCCUCCAGCAGCACAUUAGAGAGGGAGGAGAAGGAAGACAAGCUCUCCAGGGACAGAGGAACGGGUUUGUGGUCCGCCAGUGUUCAGGAUGCUGGUAUAAAUGAACAGUGUGGCGACAUCCUCACCAAUAAACGAUUCAUGCUGGACAUGCUGUAUGCCCAUAACAGAAAGCCCACGGAUGAUGAGGAGAAGGGGGAGGGCGAGCCCGUGGGGACUGAGCAGGGGGCCGAGGCGGUGGCCAGCCUGGCCAGCAGGAUAUCCACCCUGCAGGCCAACUCUCUGGCCCAGGAAGAGAGCGUCAGGAGGGUGGAUGUCGGCUGCUUGGACAAUCGGGGCAGCGUGAAAGCCUUUGCUGAGAAAUUCAACAGCGGGGACCUCAGGAGAGGGUCCAUCUCCCCCGACACGGAGCCCAAUGACAAGGUCUCAGAGAAAGCAUCUGCACAGCCCAAGACGGAAUCUGACUACAUCUGGGACCAGCUCAUGGCUAAUCCGAGGGAGCUCAGAAUCCAAGACAUGGAUUUCACCGACCUGGGGGAAGAGGACGACAUUGACGUCCUCGACGUGGACCUGGGCCACGGGGAGGCACCGGGACCGCCUCCCCCACCCCCUCCGCCCCUGUUGGACAGUGUACCUCCCCCUCCAGUCCCUGGUAAUUUAUUGGCUCCUCCUCCGGUAUUCAACUCUCCUCAGGGCUUAGGGUGGCCCCAGGUCUCCAGGGGUCAGCCAGCAUUCACUAAGAAAAAGAAGACCAUCCGCCUGUUCUGGAAUGAAGUGCGGCCUUUUGAGUGGCCGUGUAAGAACAACCGCCGCUGCGGAGAAUUCCUGUGGUCAAAACUGGAACCUAUUAAGGUGGACACUUCCAGGCUGGAGCACCUGUUCGAGUCUAAAUCUAAAGAACUGUCCGUCUCGAAGAAAACUGCUGCAGACGGAAAAAGGCAGGAGAUCAUUGUCCUGGAUUCCAAGAGGAGCAAUGCUAUUAAUAUUGGUCUGACCGUACUGCCCCCUCCAAGAACUAUUAAGAUAGCCAUUUUGAAUUUUGAUGAAUAUGCCUUAAACAAAGAAGGAAUUGAGAAAAUUCUAACCAUGAUUCCCACUGAAGAAGAGAAGCAGAAAAUCCAGGAAGCUCAGCUGGCCAAUCCUGAGGUGCCGUUGGGCAGCGCAGAGCAGUUCCUGCUUACACUCUCCUCCAUCAGCGAGCUCUCGGCUCGACUCCACCUUUGGGCAUUCAAAAUGGACUAUGAAACUACAGAAAAGGAAGUGGCAGAACCUCUUUUGGACCUGAAGGAAGGAAUAGACCAAUUGGAGAACAAUAAAACCUUGGGUUUCAUCCUGUCUACUCUCUUAGCCAUUGGGAACUUUCUAAAUGGAACUAAUGCCAAAGCAUUUGAGUUAAGCUACCUCGAGAAGGUUCCAGAAGUCAAAGACACCGUGCAUAAGCAGUCACUUCUCCACCACGUGUGCACCAUGGUGGUGGAAAACUUCCCAGAUAGCUCCGAUCUGUACUCAGAGAUUGGGGCUGUAACCAGGUCAGCCAAGGUUGACUUUGAUCAACUUCAGGAUAAUUUAUGUCAGAUGGAGAGAAGAUGCAAAGCUUCAUGGGAUCACCUCAAGGCAAUUGCAAAACAUGAAAUGAAACCAGUUUUAAAACAACGAAUGUCAGAGUUCCUAAAAGACUGUGCAGAGCGAAUUAUAAUUUUAAAGAUUGUCCAUAGAAGAAUAAUUAACAGGUUCCAUUCCUUUUUGCUCUUUAUGGGGCAUCCACCUUAUGCAAUCCGGGAAGUGAACAUAAACAAGUUCUGCAGGAUCAUCAGUGAAUUUGCAUUGGAGUAUCGCACCACCAGGGAAAGGGUUUUGCAGCAGAAACAGAAGCGGGCCAAUCACAGAGAGAGAAAUAAGACCAGAGGGAAGAUGAUCACUGAUACUGAUGAAGAGGAUGACGUGGAGUCCGGCAAGUUCUCUGGCAGUUCUCCGGCACCGCUGAGCCAACUACAGGGCCUGAGCUAUGCUGAGGACGCCGCUGAGCACGAGAACAUGAAGGCUGUGCUGAAAACCUCAUGCCCCAUCGUCGAGGACACUACCCCGGUGCUGGGUGUUCGCACACGCAGCCGAGCGAGCCGAGGAUCCACUAGUUCAUGGACUAUGGGAACUGAUGACUCGCCUAAUGUCACGGAUGAUGCCGCUGAUGAGAUCAUGGACCGCAUUGUCAAGUCGGCCACCCAAGUGCCCAGUCAGCGAGUGGUGCCUCGGGAGAGGAAGCGCUCCCGAGCCAACCGAAAAUCUCUGCGAAGGACCCUGAAGAGUGGCCUGACCCCAGAAGAAGCCAGAGCCCUCGGCCUGGUGGGCACCUCGGAGUUGCAGCUGUGAUACCCGUGGGCGCCCUAAGAAGUGUGCCUGAGCUGAGUGCAUGCUCCUGCUGGGGGGCAAGAAGACUCGCCAUUAACAUCUGAAGGUUCUGAAAGGGAGUGCCCAUUUCUCUGUGUCACGGUGGCAUGGCUGUGUUGCCCGCUGUGCACGGACGUGACUCUCUCAGAGUCUCUUUCAUGUACUUUCUUCAUUGUGUCAGCAGUGUUUCUCUCGUUUUCUUGACACCUGGUUUAGUAGUUCCAAAGUGUGGCACCUUUUCUGUGCAAGGAACAGCCCUUUUAAGGAGCAGAUCACUCCUGUCACAGUUCCUGUGGUCCUCUGAGGCAAUUUGAUUAGAGUCACAGACUGGGUCUCUCCACAACACAAAAAUAUCCGGAUGUAAACUCCAAAAUUGUACACAAAAGAAAGCACAGAUUGUUUACGAGUUGUGGAUUUUAGAUGUACUAAAUGUUUAUAUGAAUUCAUAAAUGUACACCAUGUUUCAAAUACUAAAUAAAUAAAGUUUAAUGUCAUAACCAGAAACUUCUCAUCUCUUGGGUGUAGGA